CGAACUUAGACCUCUUUUCUAUUGUGUCAUUUGUGCUGAAUAACUCCGAGAUAAUGACUCUGCGUGUGUUAGAAAUAAUCUUUUUCUUCUACUUCGCCUCUCACAUUCCCAUCACCUUAUUUAUUGACCUGCAGGCUCUGCUGCCUGGACAUGUGUAUCCACAGCCGCUCAGAGACCUGCUGAGGUGGUAUGCAGAGGACUUCAGAGACCCCAUGGUGCUGGACCCUCCUCCCUGGUUCAAGUCAUUCAUUUAUUGCGAGGCUCUGCUUCAAACUCCUUUCUUCCCCAUAGCAGCUUACGCUUUUCUGAAAGGUGGCUGUAAAUGGAUCCGGACUCCUGCCAUUAUAUAUUCCACACAUGUGGCCACCACACUGAUCCCGAUCUUAGCCCACAUCCUCUUCUACCAGUUCCCUGAGAAACCCCACCCUGGUCCCCAAACCCAGCAGCAGCGCUGGAUGCUGGUGUCCAUAUAUGCUCCGUACCUCGUGGUGCCUGUUCUGCUGCUCCUCACCAUGCUGCUGUCCUCAACCUACAGCUCACCCUCCAAGCCUGGAAGCAAGUCAGCCAAAGCCAAGAAGAAGAAGUGAAGCAUUGCCAGACUACUGAUGUCUGAAUAAGUCUGAUUUUCUACAUUUCUGAAUGAAGCAGUUGUAUGUGACAAUUACUUUUAUGCGAGAUGCUGUACAACUUUAUAACUCACUAUCAGGGAAAAACUGCCAUUGUUCAACCAGAAUGAGCACUUUUAAUGUUUUCAUUUAAAUUAAAUCCCUGUUUGGUAAAUGUG